CAUUCAUCCACAACGAAAAAAGCACACACCACCUGCAGGUCCGGGCAAUUUAUUUAUCCAUCCACCCAUCCGCCCCUCCAUCCACCCAACCCAACCCCAUCAUCCAUCACUGGUACCGGUACCCUCGUCCAUCCAUCCAUCCACACCCUUCCUACAAGUACGGGACCAAACAAAAACAACCUCACAUAACCAAAGGGAAGAUAAAAAAGAAAAGAAAAAAAAGAAAAAUGGACCCAACAUCCCGCUACGCUCCAAUAGUUGAAAGAGAUAAGCCACCCUAACCUACAUGACUAAAGUUCGCUUAGGGAUCAAAAAAAAAAAAAAAUCAUAGCUGACGUGGAGUGUGUGCGUGCGUGCGGCUGUCGUGCGGAGGAAUACUGGGCAGAAUGGAAGCACUGCUCACCGCCUUGCGACAAAGACACGCGGAGCUCAGGUCCCAGAACGACCGGAACGUGCGAUUGGGCGUGGGCAUGGAGAACUUGCUGAGGCCCGUGGAGGAUGGCAUUCGUAUCGAGCGGGAGAGGGAGGCCGCCGAGCUUGCGUCGAAGAAGAUGGACUUCGGCCUCAGGGCCGAGGCGGGGAAGGGCGAUGAGGACGUUGGCACUGUGGGACGGAGGUCCAAAUAGAUACCAUAAUACGGUAUUAUUAUGAUGAUGCAUUA